AUGACUAUUGAAGACAAAAGAAGACCACACAAUUCUGCUCUUGAAGUUCGCCAAGACCUCCAGCAAUUACAAGUGAUCCGUAAAAAGAAAAAGAAAAAUUGGCUAGACAUUGUCCACGAGACAGAAAAGGCAUUCCCACUUAAGAAGACUAUUGUUACAAGAGAUCAAAUAAAUGAAUUAGUGAAUAUGCUUCCCACUUACCAGAGUCCUCUCAAAAGAGUAAUUAUAUCCGCUUAUGGAGCAGAAUUAUCAUCGGAGGCAUGCAGAGAUUUUGGCUUUUCCAGCAAUUUGCUGUGCAGUUCUUGUGAUCUUCUUGGCCAAUUUGGCUUGAAUCAGUUGGAUCCAUCCUGCAGAAAGUGCUGCCAAGAAGAAGUUCAAUCUGAAAUUAGAAAGCUCUACGCAGGAGCAAUCCUUGAAGUGUGCGGAUGAAAAUUGGGGAGGUUCCCUCAGGUUCAGGCUUUUGUCAAGAGCGACAAGCCCAAACUCUUCAGGGGACUGCAGAUUAAGGAAGCCCUGGAGGCCGAAUUUUCAACAAAGCUGGAUAUGACUGCACUUUCGGCAACUUUGCCUACCAAAAGACCAUUCGUAUAA